AAGAGCGAAGAUGAAUAGGCUACACAUUGACAACCUUUUGCUACUAUUGGAACAAAACGUUCUAGGUCUGGGUCUAUGCAUAAGCCUGUCGCCAAGCGACGAGUUCUUGUUCGCUAAAGAGCCGACAUGGAAUCAAAGGAAGGGGCAUAACUGACUGUGACAUCCGCUGUGAGGAGGAGUAACACGUCAAAACUUUGGGAUCAUCUUGCGAAUGUGGUAGGUGUCAGGUCAUUGUAGACAUUGACAAGAGGCAUUGGCUUGGAGACUUUCAUGCGAGAGAAAAAACAAACAUGUUUAGAACAACGGUGGCCAUUGCUUCCUGUUUGGUGGUCCUCUUGUGUCACAGUGAUGCGGAGCUCACGAGAGUAAAAAGAGCUACACUGCACAAAGCGGACAAACAUGAUGACAGUGACGAUAUGGUGCGAGCUCCCAAAUUACCUUUGAAGAGUGGUUUGGCAGCGGGGGCUUUGGAUGGAACCCCUAAGUUAAAAUUUGGCACUGAAAACCAGGCUGCACCUAAGCAUGCUGCUGAUUCCGGGAAAGAAAAGCCACAGAUCCGACUUGAAGACACAGUAGAAUGUGCUGAUGAUGUGAAGAGAUUCUGCUCCGACAGAAUGCAGAGCAACAACUUUAUGAUCCUUGACUGCUUGCAAGACAGUCAGAAGACCCAUGAUAAAGUUUCAGAAAACUGCCACCAUUUUUUGUGGAACUACAAAGUCAACCUUACUAAGGACAUCAGAUUUGACACGGCCUCAGAAGAAGCCUGCAAAGCCGAGCUGUCAAGGAUAAGUGAAUGCAAUUACCUGCCAAGAGGGCAAGGCCAAGUCAUCCCAUGUCUCAUUGAACAUUACGAUGAGAUUGAGACCUCAUCAUGUCAGAGUUACAUCAACAAAAUGGCCACCAUUAUCUUCAGCGAUUUUCGUUUCAUGGCACCUUUUGUUUCUGACUGUAAUGAAGACAUCGCCAAAUAUCAUUGUGGACGACUGGAGCCAUCAGAGGAAGAUGAUAGCCCCCACUCUCAGGGUCAUGUGGUGGCCUGCCUGAACAAGAAAGAUGAUUUGCAGACCAAGUGCAAGACAGCCCUGCUGAAGGUGGCGGAGAUCCAGGCGGACGACUACCAUCUGGACAGGCCUCUCUACUACGCCUGUAAGGCUGACCGCGAGGUGCUGUGUGCGACCACGGUGGCCGGGUCUGGCCAGGUGUUCAAGUGUCUCUACAACCACAUGGGAGACAAACUGAUGUCCAAGAAGUGCAGAGUAAAGCUUGAGGAGCGCCAGCAGCUCAUUGCGGAAGACGUGAAAGCGGACAAGUCCUUCUACGAGUCCUGCAAGAAGGACAUAAAGGAGAACGGCUGCGCCAAGAAGCGGGACAUUAAGAACCACCCGGAUGAGCUGGAGGAGGACCUCAACCGUUCCAAUAUCCUGCUGUGUCUUGAGCAGGCGCAGAACAAUGGCGUGCAACUGGAGUCCCAGUGUGUGAAGGAGAUGUUUGACCUGCGCUCUGAGCUCAUGCAGGAUUACAAGAUCAGCCCGGAGCUGGUUAGCGCCUGUCAGGACGAGAUCGACCAUUUCUGCGAUGGCCUUGACCCUGACGGCGAGUCGGUCCACUGUCUCAUGGAAGCAGCGAAGGAAAAGAGUAAGGAUGCAAAGAAAAACUUCAGUGACAAGUGCAGAGUAGAGGUUGCCAAACUUUUGCACAUUGCCAACCCAGGAGAGGACAUCCGUCUAGACCCACCCCUUCAGCGUGCUUGUGGAGAGGUCGUGACCUCUGCCUGCCACGACAGAAAAAAGGGUCAUGGAGAUGUGAUCACGUGUCUGCUGGACAAUCUUGACCAUGAAGACAUGACGGACGAAUGCGAGGAAAAGCUGUUGGAGAUCCAGUACUUUGCCGUGCGGGACUUCCAGCUGGAUCACAACCUGUUCAAACAAUGUAAGAAAGACGCGAAAGAGUUGUGCCAUGAGCAGGGUGACUUCAAGUCCAUGACUCCUGAUCAGGGUCCCCUUGUGUUCACCUGUCUGCACCGGCUGUACCGCUCUGAGGACCCAAAGGAUAAGAAGCCAUCCCGAUCAUGCAUCCACGAAAUUCGACGUGUGAUGCGAGAGCGUGGAGCAAGAAUCAACCUCAAUCCAGAGGUAGAGCAGCACUGCAUCAAGGACCUGUCUGAAUUCUGCUCCGACAACGAUGAACAUACUGAAGAAGGAGCUGAGAUGGAAUGCCUUCAGUUGCAUCUGGAGGACCUGAGGUCGAAGAAAUGUCAGGAAGCCGUGACAAAGUUCACGUCUGAGGAGAUGGAGGACCUGGAGAUGGACCAGAUCCUCAUGAAGCAUUGUACCCCGAUGAUCAAACGCUUCUGCCAGGGUCAGCUGGAAAGCGAUGCAAUGCCAAAUGAAGUUCUGCAGUGUCUGAUCAGUAACAAAAAUGCCAAGGAAAUGGACGCUAUGUGUGCUGCAGGCAUCGAGCACCAUCAGAUCAGUGAGUCAAUCAAACUGGACCCAGAGUUGAACAAAGCCUGUGAAGACGACGUCAGUAAAUUCUGCAGCGGUGUGAAGGCUGGGGAAGCUCAGGUCAUUGAGUGCUUGAAGAACCACAAACGUAAAUUAAGCAGUUCUUGCCACAAGAUGAUCUUCAAGAGACAGCAAGAGGAAGCCCAGUUUGGAGACUACACAUUCCUCCAUGUGUGCAAGAAAAUGAUCAAGACCUACUGCCGGCUAGACGCUAGCGAACCAGAGCUCAUGGACUGCCUGAAGGAGCACAAAGACAACUUCGACUUUGACGAACACUGCCGCAAGAUUGUAAUCCAGCGGGAGGUGGAAGAGUCUGAGGAUUACCGGCUGGACCCCCACCUACAGAAGGCCUGCCGGCUGGACAUUCGCAAACACUGCUCCAAAGUCCUUAAGGAUGUUAAAAAUGGAGAAGAGAUGGAUGGACGGGUCAUCAACUGCCUGAAGAAAAAAUUUACCCUGAAGGAUAAGGUUCUCACCAAGGACUGUGAGCACGAGGUUCGGUCGAGGAUCAAAGAGGCUGCGAUUGACAUCAAUCUCAACCCCGUGGUGAUGAAGAUGUGCAAAGAAGACAUUAAAAAGUCUUGUUCAGACAAAGUGGCGAAUGUAAGGCAUAUGUCGGUAGACUCAGACGAUGGCUACGGAACAUACGAAACCUUUGGCCAUGGUGCUGUCAUCGAGUGCCUAAAGAAAAACUUUCACACUCUGAGGAAUAAUGAUUGCAAGACGGAAAUCGCCUACAUGAUCGCUGAGAGCCGUGUGGAUGUGCACAUAGAUCCCCUGCUCAACUCGGCCUGUCAGAAAGAGCUGGUAGUUCUCUGCAGCUCUGUGUCGCAGGGUCAAGGCCGCCAAAUGUCGUGUUUGCUGGCACAUCUGGAGUCGGAUCCUCAGGGGUUGGGCAGGAACUGCCGGGAAAUGAUCAGACGUCGGAAAGAGCUUUGGGAGUAUGCCGCACAGGUUGCUCCUCCUGAGAGUUUCUCUGAGAUCUACGAGGAGAUCUCUGCUUCGCCAGCCCGGAACUACUUGUUGGCCAUUUUGUUUUCUGUGGUGGGGAUCGUCUUUAUAAUGGGUUUGACCUGUGGUCGAGUUACAAAGCGAGUGAGAGCGGAAUUGAAGAACAAAUAGGGCUCACUUUGUCCUUUGAUUGAUGUGUCCAUCAUGUCAUUAAUGUGUCAGCUGAGAUUCGGGGAAUUUAUUUGGGGAACUUUUUUUUUUUUUAUUCAAAAGAUUGCUUAACACAGGGUUUCCAAGAUUUUAUUUUCAUUUAGAGAGAAAGGUUCCACACACAUCAUUUUUUAAAAUUCAAUUUUCUGGUAUUUAUUGUUUGCCGGAUUUGUUUUCCCUCCGUUAAAGUUGGCCUUGUUUUUAGAUGGAAGACUAGAAAUGAGAAAUGUUUUAUCUAGAUUUUUAAAAAUAUCUCUAUUACAAUGUGAAAAUACUGUUGUUUCAUGCAAUGUUGCAAGAAUUGUUGUGUACACAGUGGCUUUUUGGUGAGUCUGCUUAUGUGUAAAAUUGUAAAAAGGUCCUCUGCGUAUUACUUUUCUUUUCUUUUUUUUUUUUUUUAGCCUGCAGUGGGAUGCGAACAAAUUGUGAAAACAUUUGCUGGGCCUUUCAAUUGCCACACUGUGUUUCAAUGUUUUGUUGGCCCUGUGUUUGAAGGAAAGGACACCCAAAAAAGUAGCUGACCAUAGUCAUGUUUUGUGAUAAAACUUUUUUUCCAUGUCAUUUUUAAAGGAUAUUUGCUGAUGUAGUAUUAUAUAUCCUUUCUGUAAUUGUCUGAAUUUGUUGAUCUUCUUUUGUCCUGAUUAUAUCAUAGUUUCGUUUGUGAGGAUAUUUCUUGCUCUGUCAGUCUGACGGAUUGAACAUUUUUAUCUCAAAUUAUUACAGUCUACAAAUAACACAGGCUAUAGGGUACUUGUGUCUCCUGCUGGUACGUUACUGGAAAUAUAGAUCAAGAAGCUAAGAGUUAUACAGACAAUCCUAUCACAAUACUUUAGAUGUUGGUGGCUAGAUAUAUUGCGAGAAGCAGUUACGCGAACAGUCUUGUCUAAGUCGUGUAACUAGUUUAAGUGUUGCUGGAGGGUUUCUCCACUGGACUCUAGAUGAGAAAAGAAGAAGACCUUCGGAGACUUGGAAGAGAAUUGUCAAGACGAAGAUGAAGAAUUAACUCGCUCAACCCUGGGCCUACACUACUGGGUUGUAAGCUCUCCCUAGAGAUUUUUACCACUUAUUGAAAAAAAUAUUAAAUUUUAACAUAUCCUUUCCAAAUUUGGUACACAUUUUAUUCAAACCUUUAAUUGUUGUGUAUUGAAAAUUUGAAGGCAAAAUAUGUCAUAGUUUUUAUGCAAUACUCCGUGGAAAAAGGUCUAUAUACAGAGUCAAAAAGGAAACAUAAAAGAGAAGAAACGAAGUGCUUUCAGAUUUCGCACCCCCUCACUUGGUUCACGAAUACAGCUUUGUUUGUUCUAAAUUUGGACUUGCACUUCUGAUCAUAGUCUGCUACAAACGAAAAAUGGUUACUCUCUCCGAUUAGGCUAUAGUCUGCUUCACACAAAAGUAGUGUAUUCGGUCACGAGAGAUAAAUUUUCCAUACCUAUACUGUCGCUGUCAGAGUUGGACCGUUGCGCGCGCAUUCAGAUAUUAUCGGCUUUAGGGUUAAGUGAGUUGAGGAUAGACCUGUAGUCUGCUUGAGAAAAUUUCAAAAGAUGGGGCGGAAUUGCAAUCUAUGGUGGAGGCCUUUUGCUAGUCUUUGUGUGAAUAAGAUCAAGUCAGGAAUGAAGUUUCUGUGCAUAUUUGUUUUUGUCAGAUCACAACAAAUACCCGAGAAAAGAUGAAUUUGAAUGAAAGAUUACAUACUUCAUUUUCUUCUACUUUUUUCUAUGAACUGCAAAAUGUAUGAGAAAUUGGUUUGUAAAUUGGAAAAUACUUUGUGUUUGGGUAUUUGCUUUGUAUACAUUUAGAUAAAAAGUUAAUAUACGCCACUUAUGAAUGUUUGAAAUAAGAACAAAAUUGUAUGUGUCGUUUUAAUUUCUGUUUUUGAACUUAUUUGUCGAAUGAAUUUUUCUUUUAUCCUUUCAUUCAUGAAAGAUGCAAACUCUACAGCAAUGGGGUAUCUAGUGAAAGAGACGAAGUGAGGUGUUGCCUUUUCAGUUUGGAAGAGGAAGUAUUUUCAAGAAGAUUUGAUAUUAUUUUUGCCAGUGUGUUCUAGCUCAGAGGGAGAGUUUGGAGUUGCAAUAAUGUAUCGUCACUGGUCUAGAUUUCUAUCAAACGAUGGAACAUUUUCCUAUUACUGGAAGGUAAGCAGUUAUGUAGGUACUACAAGAACGCUAUUAGCAUAAAAGGAAAGGAGAGUGUAGUGUUUACUUGUCAAGAGUUUGCAGUCUAGGUUCAAAGAUCAUAGUGGCAGUGGCAUUGAACUUUGUGACAUCAGCUGUAUGCUACUGUAUGUAGGAAUGUGUGUACUGACGCAUGAGCUGGAUGAGAAAAAUUCUAAGUCUUCUGGGCUUUCUUUCUAAUUUGUUUGUGUUCUUGCAACUGUUGGAGGGAAAUGCUGUACCUUCAAAAUGCUUCCAAUUAAAUUACAUCAAGAGUCCUCUCCACAAAUAAGUCUAACACUUUUAAUGCUAAGUAUAAUGGUCUCAUGUGUUGGCUUACUGCCUUUUGACAAAAUUGACUGUCGUGUCAAUGUGAAGAAUUUUGUGAAUACUGUGAUUCAUUGAAUAGAAUGGGGGGGGGGGGGGGGGGGUCAAUUUUUGUGUUCCAUGCAAAGUGUAUUUGAUAUGUCCCUUGAUAAGAGCGACAGAAAAUUUCCUGCUUGUGUGUGGAAUUAUGUUGAGAAAGAUUGAGUGUACAUGGUGCAUGAAGGUUCUCCGUACAGCUGUUGUGCUGAGUUUGUCUGUGUAAAACUAGGAAACAUUUUGUUACUGCGGACGCUGCUGAUGUGUGUUGAUCAGGUGUUGAUUGACACACCUCUGAAGUGUACAAGACCGACGCAGAUAUUGAGCGUGGAAAGAAUUUUUUGGUUUUUCUUUUUGUUCUCUUUUUCUGACAAUUGGCUUUAAACAUGCAAUGGAAAACACUUCGGGGAAGGUGGGCCCUUCUUUUUUGUCUUCAAAUUGUUUAAUAUUGAAAGUUGAUUAGCUUUUGAGAAGAUAUCAUAAUGAAAGUUGAUUAGCUUUAGAGAAAACGGGCUUUUCUUUUUGUCUUCAAUAUGUCUCUUAUUGGAACUUGAAUUGGACUGUAGGAGUAUCGAUAAUAAAGGGCGAUGCUUGCCCUGUCUACUGAAAAUAUGUUUUUGCAGCCACUGUCAUGGACAUAAUGGAAAAAUUCGUUCAACAUUGAAAUUUUAAAUGUGCCCAUUCCGGUUAAGCAGCAUUAAUUUGCCUGUGUCUCUUUAAGACAGGCAUGUUGUUUUUUUUCUUUUCUUAAAUUUUAUUUUGUUUUAAUGUUGGACAUCUUGUUUGCUGAAGCCCCAGCUCUCUUCAGCUUCUACAUUGCUGCAAUAACUUCUCCGUCUACAUUUGCAUCGCUAAAAAAUUUGGGGGUUUAUUUUUAUCCCGCUUGUUGUCCAAGAGCUUUACUUACAA